CCUCCCACUCCCGGAAGUGAUUGUCGUUUUGACAAGCAGCUUACUUUCUAGUAAACUUAUUCUUAGUCUGUAAGUGUUGGUAUCGUCUUCGUUGUUUGAUAGAGUCUCGGUAAACACGACAGAAAAUGUCCUUCAUUAUCAACCUUAUCUCUAACAGCUUUCAGUUCGUGUUUGACUUGAUCCGGAGGCUCUUGGGCAUUAAAAGACGACCUGCCAUUACCCUUGAAGACCCAAAUGCGAAGUAUCCAUUGCGUCUUGUCGACAAAGAGAUUAUUAGUCAUGACACAAGAAAAUUUCGCUUUGCUUUAAAAUCACCGGAACACAUUCUUGGACUUCCUAUCGGACAACACAUCUACUUGUCUGCUAAAAUUGAUGGCAACCUUGUGGUGAGGCCUUACACCCCUGUCUCAAGUGAUGAUGACAAAGGCUUUGUUGAUCUCGUUGUGAAGAUAUACUACAAAAAUGUCCAUCCAAAGUUUCCUGAGGGUGGGAAGAUGUCCCAGUACUUGGAGAGCCUUCGUAUUGGUGACACAAUCGACUUCAGAGGCCCAAAUGGACUGCUGGUUUACAAAGGCAGAGGAUCAUUUGCAGUCAAGCCUGAUAAGAAAUCAGAAGCUGUGACUAAAACUGCAAAAAACAUUGGCAUGAUCGCUGGGGGAACAGGCAUUACACCCAUGCUCCAGAUAAUCCAAGCAAUCAUGAAAGAUCCAAAGGAUGAGACUGUGUGUUACCUACUUUUUGCAAACCAGACCGAAAAAGACAUUCUCCUACGUACUGAGUUAGAAGAGAUCACAGUCAAUCACCCGACACGUUUUAAGCUGUGGUACACCGUCGACAGGGCUCCAGACGGUUGGGAGUACAGCCAAGGCUUCAUCAAUGAGGACAUGGUGAGGAACCACCUUCCUCCACCCGCAGAUGACACACUCAUCCUCAUGUGCGGACCACCUCCCAUGAUUCAGUUCGCCUGCAACCCCAGCCUGGACAAGGUGGGCCAUUCCAAUGACAGGCGCUUCACCUUCUAGAAGGAUGUCACCUGAAACAGAGCAGUAAAAAGUCUAAAUUAUAACCGUGCUACCACCUGCCAGAUGCUUUUAUAUAUUCCACAUGCACACUAACUUAAAAAGAUAUAAUAAUGCAUGCAAGAUGUAUCUGCCAAUCAAGUUAUUUGCUGGAAAUGUUUUAUGUUUUGUGUGUUUUAUGCCUUAAAUGCAAACAAAAAGUUUUUUUCAGAUGCUGAAUAUCAAAUUUUCACUUGCUUAAUGCAUCUUAUGAACCUCUACAUAUAUUGAUGAUGGAUAAUACUUCACAAUUAUGUAGUGUCAAUGUUACACAUCAUUUUUACAUUCACAGAAACAACAAGCUGUCCAUCAAAGUACAAGACUCACGUUGUACAUUUGUUUUAAUGCUACACAUAUAAACGUGACUCUUCUGUAACAUGGAUCCUGAAAUGGGGCUUGAUGUUGCUCAGUGUACACUGUUCAUUUGUCUAGACCUGCAUUUUUUUUAUUCUCGUCCACAUUAGUUUAUCUCUCUCAUCUGAUUUAACUUGCGCAAGUUGCAACUGAGCGUGUCAGACUGGAGACAAAAACAAGUGCGGGAUCAGCAUUAAGAGGAACCAGAAAGUCAUCAUUGUUGCAAGACAAAAAAAAUUAACCAACAAAUCUAGAGGUUAAGCAGUUUUCAGUCUGUUUGUUAUUAAGUGCCUUUCUGUAAACCUUAUGUUGCAUUGUUGAUCUGAUACAGUUCAUGAUUAAAUACAGUAAAUGCUGUAUUUAAGGAGUAUAAAAAAGGUUUACAACCUGUUUGCAGUUCAUAUAACUUGUCUGCAUGGCCAAAAAAAUAGCAUUUCUGCACUAAUUUUGCAUUGACCAAUAAAGAUAUAUUCUUUUGCCUAUA